AUGGGUAAAUACUUCGUACUGAGCGUGGCGACAGCAUGGCGGAACGAGGGCACCUCAAGAGCUCAGUGCAAUGAAGGCGCCUGCGGUCUCGGGGGGUCACGCCUCGAGGUACUCGGCCGCGGCGCGGCGCCCGCCGUCAGGCGCCCACUGGCGCGUUUGGCGCCUGGAGCGCCAUUCCAUUGUCUACAAGACUGGGACAAGCUACGAGCUCCUGAGUGUGGCUUCAUUGAUGACUUCAUCCCUGAUAGAACACCCUGCAGCAAGUGGUCGAAAAUCGCGUGUUCCGGCGAAUGUGUGACCGUGGCGAUAGAGGAGGGCCACUAUGAAGAAGACCAAUGUGAAUUAGCACAAGAACUAGCCGAAGUAACUGAACUACCACUGCGUCUGACUUAUUCUUUAAAUUAUUUAAUACCAGAGCGCACAAACAGCUCGUUCCUCUUAUUUGACUUCGCUAUUUUGACGGACAGUAAUGAGCGAAUAUGGCCUGCGCCAUCUCACCCUAACUUCACCUUGCUGGAUGCCGUUUCCUUGUCAUUAGGAGAUGUUCGCAAACUACUGUGGUUUGCUCCUCAAGUUCUGAACCUCGCAUAUCGCUUCCAGCCAACAGCCUCGAUGCUGCGUCGUGUUCUAGCCAAUAGCAUAAAACUUGGAUUUGAGAGGGCGGCGUGUGAAGCUAUCGUCGCAUCUAACAAGACUCGUGACCUCGCCCGGUCCUGGCUCACAUGCAACGACAACUUCUGCAACGUGAAACCCAAAUUGAUCAUCUACGUGUGUGAAGCGGCAGAAAAUGAGGACAAGCGCUAUCAAACUAUCAUAAGAAUAGCACGAUACCACUGGGUCAACACGAGUAAUCGAACUAGGUUUGGUUUGGAAUACAUCGAGAUAAACUGUUCGACAACCGAUGAAGUCAAAUACGAUUUGGAGAAUUUGAUGACAAACUACGAGUUUGUAAACUUGCGUGGUGUGGUAGCCAUGGGAUCGGGGGGAGCGUCGCCGUUGCCUGAGUUCGCCAGGGACAAGGUGAUGGUGCCGCUGCUGCUGGUAGCGCCGCCGCCGAGCGGCGCGGAGCUGGCUAGCGCGCGCAGCACCGCGCCGUCUGCGCCGGCACUGGCGUCGGCGGUACGCGCGCUGUUGAGCGCCUGCGGCUGGCGGCGCGUGGCACUUCUAAGGGAAGAGGGUCGCUGCGAUGUAUGGAAGCGGUCACUGGGAGUGGCAGAGUUGUUAAGCGAGCACGACCUCAUAGUAUAUCCGGCAAUCGUGCAAGCGAACAACGCGACGGGCGCGCUUGACGCGCUGCAAGCGCACGACGCUCGCGUGGUCGUGAUAGAUGCUAGUGCAGGCACGGCGAACAACGUUCUGGCAACAGCGGAAAAACGGGGACACACGAUGAAAGCUGGCUAUGUAUGGAUCGUCGUCGGCGCGGCGGGAAACUCCUACGAUUCAGACUGGCUGCCAACGAAUUCUGACUUCUCGUACUUGACCGUAAGCGGGGACUGGCGCGGCGGCAAAACGCCAAAUGGACUGCUUGGCUCCUCGACACUACGCGACACUUUGGACAAGGCCUUCCCAAGAUGGCCGCCACAUACUUCCGCGCUCGUCGACGCUAUUCUGCUGAUACUUGAAGGCACCGCGCGAUUGGAAGAGUGGUAUCCGGAGCACAGAGAUGAUCCGCAUCGCCCCGACGUAGCCCGGAAAUUCUUAGAGAUUCUCGACAGCAUUACAGUGGCGGGCGUGACUCGCGACAUACACGCGAAUUCAACUCCGCUCGUCUUCGCUCACCGCUGGACGUCAAAAGGUGUACAGUUGGUCGCUGCGUGGGAUGGUGUGAAGAAUAUACAUAGCGAUAAAGAGCAGCUGUGUGGCGCCGUGCCCGACGGUCCCGGCUGCUACACCACCCGCUCCGGAGACUACUUCACCCCCCACUGCCACGACUUCGCAUGGGCUAUCCUAGCCUGUGCGCUGGCGUUCGGCCUCCCGUCUCUCUACGCCGCCCACGUCGCACGCCGUCGCCGUCUUCAGCGCCGAGACCGCGCCGUAGAAGAGCGCGUUUUGCUCCGAGGCGGCCACUCCGCCGCCGAAGCCGCCGCCGGCGCCGCUUUAGCUGAACACGCCGUCCCGCGUGAUGCCUUGCAGUUGCUGGAUGAGUUGGGCACUGGGCAUUAUGGGGUUGUACAUCAAGCGGUAUUGCGCUGCCCUGCAAGAGCUGCGCUUGGGGUUGCUGUCAAGGCGCCACGAGCAGAUGCGCCAGCUGGGGCGGCCACUGAACUUCUUCGCGAGGCAGCACUUCUUGCGACAUUGAAACACGACCACGUAGUGCGUUUCACAGGUGUGUGCUGGGAGGGCGGCCCGCUAGUUCUGAUGGAGCACGCGUUUUACGGCGACCUGCGGCGGUACCUCCGCGCCCGGCGCACGCUAGCUGAGCGCGCUCGCGACGGUCUCCCUGAGCCGGAGGCGGCGCACGUAGCGGCGGCGGCGCUCACGAGACUAGCCCGUGAAGCGGCGGCGGCGUUAGGGUAUCUAGCGCAUCAGCGGCUGGUCCAUCGAGACGUUCGCGCCGCCAACUGCUUAGUGGACGUCCGUCGGUCUCUCAAGUUGGCCGAUUUUGGGAUGGCGCGGCGGUUAGAUAAACCAGGGAAGAGAGAAUAUUUGUGCAAGCGACGUGCCAUGUUUCCGGUGUUAUGGAUGGCGCCAGAAUCCCUUUCCCGCGGCGUUUUCUCAGCGGCCAGCGAUGUCUGGGCACUAGGCGUAUUGUUACUAGAACUAGCCACGCUGGGCGAGCGGCCGUACGGCGCGUGGACCACGCCUCGCGUUCUACGCCAUGUGCGUGAGGGCGGCGCGCCGCCGCUGCCAAAAGACGCCGCGCCUAGCACCCGCGGCAUAACAGCGGCCUGCUGGCACCGUUCGCCCGAGGAACGACCGACAGCAGCCGAACUAGUCGCGUACCUCGCCGAUCAUCCCCGCGCCAUACAGCCAGCGUUAGAACCAUACGCCGACGCCGAUACAAACGCCGACGCCGCCCCGGAUACCGAUGUGUACAUCGAAGAGUGGACUGUUAACUAA